AUGCGUAUGACAGAGGGGAAAAGCGCGUAUUUGUUAUUUUUCCGGAUCAUUUUGGUCUUGAAAUUAGUGGCGCUUUCCGAAGCUGCUAAAACAUGUGGUUCAGUAUCAAACGGUUGCUCUAACUUGGAUUUUAAUUGGUCUUUUAAAAACCAAAAAAUCAUGAAGUAUACCAUGGAUGUUACCAGUGUUUCUUUUGCAGAAGGGUCUGAAAAUACCUAUAAUGUCAAAAUCCGUGUUGUAGGAGAGCAACAAAUAGACCUUAAGUAUCUUUGGUCAUUGAAAAUUUUUGGAGUAUUCGGCCCUCAAUCUACAAUCCAGCUACACGGGAAAAACGAAGGCGUAUCAGGACUGAUAACUAACCCUACUGAUUUUAAAGCCGAAUUUCAAGUAUACGGGAAAACAUCACCUACAGAUGAAUGCAAAGUAUGGCUACCGUCCUUCCAAGUGAACUACGAGUACUUACAAGGCGACGCUGCGCAAUACAGUGGGGAUUGGAAAUGGGGAACUUCGACUUUCGACUUGUCAGUAGGCUGUGAUAAUUAUGACAACCAGGGACAUUCUCAAACCAAUUUCCCUAGUGUUUUCUGGAGUAAGGAAUGUGGUAAGAACUGUGGAGCAACAGCCCAAUCCUCCUCAUUAAGUUUGUUCUCGUCUAUUCUCUCAGGUUUAUCAUACAGCCAGCGCAAGGGGUCCGCUACUGGCAUAACUAGUUUACCAAACGAUAUUUCAACCUCUUACAAUAUAGUCACCUCUUCUGAUGUUCAAUCUGACGACACAAUUAUGACAUCUAACACAGUUACCAAUACUGAGAGUGCAUCGACUGAGACGCAUUUCAGCAGUUCAACAAACCUAUCCAUAACAAACCGUGGGUCGAGAGUUGGUUCUCGUACCCUAACUACUAGUAAAAUUGCUACCUCUUCAAACACUCGUUCAAAAUAUAAUCCAAUCUCGUCUAGCACAGUCCAUGAUUCUAGUUCAUCUCCGGGCACAGAUUCCAAUAAACCAGCCACUGUUUCAUCAUACAACUCUGACAAGGCUAAGAAUACAUCAGUUUAUGAUUCUACAUCGCACAAGACGGGGAGUUCUUCCGCAUUGAACUCAGGUAAGACCCACUCUGCCUCAAGGUCUACAUUGAGCGCUGGAGUCUCUUCCACAUUGCACUCAGGCAACGCCGACCCUUCGUCAGGAUACGCUUUGAGCACCGCUGUGGUCUCUUCCACAUUGCACUCAGGCAACGCCGACCCUUCGUCAGGAUACGCAUCAAGCACUACUGGGAGCCCUUCCACAAUGGAAACGAGCGAUAGCAGCUCUUCCGUCAGGUCAUUUUCGAAUAUAUCGCGAUCCGCUACCACAAGGUAUUGGAGCAAAGUUCGUCCGUCUUCUCUUACAUCGGAGUCGUGCAGCGAUCCGUUACCCCCUUCUAGUUCGAGCAUGUCUGCUACCUUCCGGUCCACCAUGGACCCUGUGUUUACGUCUCUUGCGACAAGUUUAAGCACUCUGAUUCAACCAUGGACGCCCAGUUAUCCAGUGUCACCUUCAAGUUUGAGUUCGGAUAUGAUUGUUUCAUCUGAAGGCAGUGAGAUGUUUCCUCCUUCAAGUUCGAAUAAAGUUGCUCCACCAAUGACUACCAGCAAGCUGCCACCUCCUUCGAGUUCGACUGUUUCUGUGACAAUCAGAACUACUACGGGUCCUGUAUUUCCACCUUCUGAAACAAGUUUGAGUACUUCGGAGACUACCAGCUACCCACCUCCUCCUGCAAGUUCGAAUGAUGUUGUUCCACUUGAAACCUCCAAUGAACCAAUUUCGAUACGACCAACGGAUACGGUUGCAGCUACGGCCAAUUCUCGCCAUAUAAUUCCAUCAGCAGGGUCAGAAGACCGCAACGAUUCCGCUCUCAGGUCCACACUUGUAACUUCCCGUUUAAUUGAGAGUCCUACUUUUGCACCCCCAAUUCCUGCUACUGCAUCUCAGAAAACACAAAAAACACCCAGUACCUCAGAAAACUCCGAUUUGAAGUUUGAAACAACACUUCAUCCAGUGACGACUGUCACUCCAGUGGUGGAAAGUGAUUCCAGAGGAUACACCCGUGGUGAAACCUCCACUCACAAUGUUUAUACCUUUGCCGGAAUUGCAAACUCAGUGAAUCCAGCAAUUUUGGGCUCUAUCUUUAUGAAUUUGCUUUUGGUCUUGCUUUGA